CGAUACUAUCGGCAGAAGUCGACCCAUCUCUAAAGUCGCACACAAGCCACUCUGAGCUCCGACUGCCUCACCAACCUUGUCAUGCUAACUUUGCUCUCCUGGCUGCACCCCUAACACGCAUUUUCACAAACGGGAAUCUAACUCUUAUCGGCCGACGACAUGCCGUGUUGGUACUACGACAAGAAGGAACUUCGCGAGACACCUUCGAUUCUAGAUGGAAUCACCUUUGAGACUGAGCGGCGCUACCGGAAAGAGGGCGCCCGCUUCAUUAUGGAGUGUGGCACGAAAAUGGGCCUGGGCCACAACACAAUGGCCACCGGUGUAGUGUACUUUCACCGCUUUUACAUGUUCCACUCGUUCCGAAGCUUUCCACGCUAUGUGACAGCCUGCUGCUGCCUGUUCUUCGCCGGCAAGGUGGAGGAGACUCCUAAGAAGUGCCGCGACAUCAUUAAAACGGCGCGUGGAAUACUAAGUGACAACUACUUUUACUCCUUCGGUGAGGAUCCCAAGGAGGAAGUAAUGACGCUGGAGCGAAUCCUGCUACAGACCAUAAAAUUCGAUCUGCAGGUGGAGCAUCCGUACACGUUCCUGCUCAAGUACGCCAAGUGCUUUAAGGGAGACCAGCAAAAGCUUCAGAAGAUGGUACAGAUGGCGUGGAAUUUUGUUAACGACUCGCUCAGCACAGUUGUCUGCCUACAAUGGGAACCGGAGAUCAUUGCUGUGGCUCUUAUCCACUUGGCAAGCAAGCUCAGCAAGUUCACCGUGCAGGACUGGGACGGCCGCCAGCCACAGCACCAGCGGUGGUGGGACAUGUUCGUCUCUGACGUGACAAUGGAAAUACUGGAAGACAUUUGCCACCAGGUGCUAGACCUGUAUCAGUCCACCCAGAAGGAAGCCCACCAGCCUGGCAGUCCGCCUCAGAAGCCACCCAGUCGGGCGGACAGUCCCACGUUGGGCAAACCGACAAAUCAGUCAGCAGGUCUCUUAGCACCUGCCGCGCAGCCACAGCCACCGCCGCCUCCACCAGCAGCCAGUGGCAAUGGAAGCCUGCUGGAUGUCAACAAUAUUCAGAUCAUAAAGUCGCUGGCCUGUGCAGUGCCCGCCUUGGGUUCCUCUAGCGACUCGUUGCCGUCGCUUCCACAUGGUCAGGCAACAGGCGGUUACCAUUUGUAUCACGCUCCUCCUCCACCGCCACCACCUGUAGUGCCUAUGCCCCCUUACCCCGGCGCACCAGGGUGGAGCGUCCAGCAGCAACCGCUGCUGACGCACUACGGCGCCGCAACAGCGGCCCCCCCUCCGCCGAUACCUCCUGCCAGCCUACCGCCUGGACCCGGUGCUGGCGGCUAUUACAAUGCCACCGGACGCCAGAACCGAUACUAGAGAUCAGACUAAUAUCGGCAUGCAGAUUAUAGAAGGUU